AUCGAUCUCAGCAGCAGUUCAGUUGAAGCCCCUGGCGGAAAAUCAAAUCUGUUCCUCUCUCUCUCUCUCUCUCUCUCUCUACGCGCGAUGAUUCAUCUACUUCUACUCCUACUUCUCCUCUCCGGUGCCACCAACGGCCGCGAUUUCACGAUAGAGGAAGCCACAAUCGACGACGUGCAGCGCGCAUUCACCGAAGAGAAGCUCACUUCCCGCCAACUCGUCGAGUACUACCUGGACCGCAUCGAGAGCCUGAAUCCGGUGCUCCGCGGGGUGAUCGAGGUGAAUCCCGACGCCGUCGAUCAAGCGGAGAGAGCCGACUCCGAGAGGCGGAGGAUCGACGGAGGCCGCCCGUCGCUGCACGGCAUUCCAGUGCUCCUCAAGGACAGCAUAGCUACCGACGAUAAGCUGAACACCACCGGCGGAUCCUACGCGCUGCUCGGCGCGGUGGCGCCGCGCGACGCCGGAGUGGUGGCGAGGCUGAGGAACGCCGGCGCGGUGAUUUUGGGGAAGGCGAGCAUGAGCGAAUGGUACCAUUUCCGAUCCUACGAUAUUCCCGACGGAUGGUGCGCUAGAGCCGGACAGGGUUUGAAUCCUUAUGUGAAAGGUGGAGAUCCCUGUGGCUCAAGCAGUGGAUCAGCAAUCUCUGUAGCUGCAAACAUGGCUAUGGUGUCUCUAGGAACGGAGACGGACGGAUCCCUCAUCUGCCCCGGUGAUCGCAACUCUGUUGUCGCUCUCAAGCCUACUGUCGGGCUAACGAGCCGAGCUGGUGUCAUCCCUCUCUCUCCCCGCCAGGACACUGUGGGGCCGAUAAGCAGAACAGUAUCCGAUGCUGCUCAUGUGUUGGAUUCUAUUGUUGGCCAUGAUCCAAGAGAUGCUGAAGCAACAGAUGCAGCAUCGAGGUUCAUUCCAACGGGCGGAUAUGCGCAGUUUCUCAAAGAAGAUGGGCUCAAGGGGAAGAGAUUGGGUGUGGUGAGGCAUCCAUUCUUGAAGCUCUCAAAUGCAUCUUCAAGAAAUUCGAUCUUUGAAGAUCAUCUUCGAACUCUAAGGGAGAAAGGUGCAGUGGUGGUAGAUGAUCUAGAGAUACAAAACAUUGAUGUGAUCUUGAAUCCAUUACUAUGUGGUGAGGCAUUGGCUUUGUUGGCCGAGUUCAAGCUCAACCUAAACAACUACUUAACCGAGCUCACUGCUUCCCCGGUCAGAUCUCUAUCAGACAUCAUCAUCUUCAACCAAAACCAUCCGUUGCAGGAAAGAACUGCCGAGCUAGGGCAGGAUAUUCUCGUUGCAGCCGACGCGACGGAUGGGGUCGGGGAGGGGGAGAGGCGGGCUAUCGAGAUGAUGGAGAAGCUGUCGAGAGAUGGGUUGGAGAAGUUGAUGGUGGAGAAUGAGUUGGAUGCGAUGGUGACGUUGGGGUCGGACGCGUCGCCCGUGAUGGCCAUCGGAGGGUUCCCGGCCAUCACGGUCCCAGCCGGGUACGACUCCGACGGCAUGCCGUUUGGUGUCUUCUUUGGUGGGCUUAGAGGCGCGGAGCCUACGCUCAUCGAGAUUGCAUACGCCUUCGAACAAGCGACGCUGCUGCGGAAGCCCCCUUCUCUCACAUCAAUCACCUUAUCUUGUAUGUGAAUUGCAUUGUCUUUUUUUUAUUGAAUUCAUGCAUUCUUAAUUUAAAUUAGGAGAAAUCUUGCAAGAACGAGAUUUUGUUUCCCACGUUGAUGGUAGGUCUAGUUACCGGUAGACGCAUUAAACGUUGAUUAAAUUCGAAUCAUCAUUUUUCUUUUAAAUAUGUUUCGUUUUGAUAGCUA